AUGACGGGACGCUCGGGCCGAGGUGUUUUUGGGAAGCUGUUCUCAAAGAAACAACUUAAUAAGGAUGAAAGGGUUCAAGAAAUCGGCAUGCCGACCAAUGUGAAACAACACAUACACGUUAGUAUGAAUUCUGAAACCGGAAUGUUAGAGGGUUUACCUGCAUCAUGGCUGAGACAGCUGAAUGCACAGAUCUCGCCAGCAGAACAAAGCGAAAACCCGAAUGCGGCUAUACAAGCUGUUGCUUUUCACAACUUCCAUGUCCUAAAAAAAGAACAAGCCGAAAAAGAACCAUGCAAACCUAUCAUAACAGAAGAAGCUAUCACAAAAGAAGGAAUAGAAAUAAAGAAGUUUAUAGCCAAAAAAAAUGCUCACCAAAGUCAAGAUUCAGAUAUUUCAAUAGGCCAAAGUAGUGAAGAGGAUGUUGGAAGUAGUACAGACACAUUAUCACAGAGACAAACCAUGCCUGCAGCUCCUACCAAGAAUAGUAUAAAGAAAAAGGAUGCUGUGAUGGAUUUAACAGCGGUGGUCCAAGACCUUACUCUUAUAGGUACAGAACCUGAAGAGAGUCCAAUUCUUAGGAAAAAAGAAUUAAUAAAUGCAGCAAUGAGUGAUGAGGAAAUUUAUGAGGAACUAAGAAGGAUUUGUAAUAAGGAUGAUCCAUAUGUAAGAUUUGAAAGAGUCAAACAACUUGGUGCUGGAGCUUCAGGUGUGGUGUUUGUUGCUAUAGACAGCAAAGAUAAUUCAAGAGUGGCCAUCAAAGAUAUUGAUCUAACUAAACAAACUAAAAAGGAUCUUAUUCUUAAUGAAAUCAAUGUUCUAAAGGGCUUCAAUCACAAAAAUUUAGUGAACUUCCUUGAUUCUUUUUUAAGUUAUGACCACUUAUGGGUUGCUAUGGAACUAUUAGAUGGAGGCUCGUUAACAGAUGUAGUCACAGAAGUGGUAAUGAAAGAAGGCCAAAUAGCUGCAGUUUGCCGUGAAACCCUCCAAGCUAUUGCAUUCCUGCAUUCAAAAGGCACUAUUCACAGAGACAUUAAAUCUGACAAUGUUCUUUUGGGUAUGGAUGGCACUGUCAAAGUAACUGAUUUUGGAUUUUGUGCCAACAUAGUCGGAGACGAGAAAAGACAGACAAUGGUUGGAACUCCCUAUUGGAUGGCACCAGAGGUUGUCAAAAGAAAGCAAUAUGGAAAGAAAGUGGAUGUGUGGUCCCUGGGAAUAAUGGCAAUUGAGAUGAUUGAAGGUGAACCUCCAUACAUGAAGGAAACUCCAUUGAGAGCUCUAUACUUUAUAGCUGCUGUUGGCAGACCAAAGAUACCCAGGUGGGAUAAACUUUCACCUGCCUUCCAAGACUUCUUGGAUAAAUGUUUGCAAGUGGAUGCUGAUGACAGAGCAACAGCGGAAGAACUGUUAGAGCAUCCAUUCCUUGAUUGUGCCAUGGAAUUACGAACGUUGACGCCACUCAUAAAAGCCGCGCAAAGGAUCCUUCACAAGAAUUACGACUGA